AUGUUUUUAGGAUGUCAUCACGCAUUUGACGAGAGUGGUGGCGGGAAAACAACGGAGCUGACUCUAACCCCUGGCAUAGACCUCCAGGAACCUCACUUCUAUCCAGAUGCCACGAGAAGCCACGAGAGCUCUCAGACUCCACCUCCAACCGCUGGAAGUCGAACAGCCGACUGUGGAGCUCAAGUUCGGCGUCAGCUGUCACCAGAUUUCCGAUUAGCGCACCAUUACGGUCCCUCAAGUGCCCUCCGUAAAAGGGUUUUCGGUACGAUGGGAUUUGCACAUCAGCAUGAAGAGAUGGACCCAUACAGUGUUGCCCAUCUGGAUGCGGUAACACCAGGAAAAGACCUGGAGUUGUCGGCCAUUGAACUAUUCGUCGGGUUGCCUGAUGAACGACAGUAG